AUGCCGCCGGCACCGGAGCCCAAGUCCAAAGCCGCCGUCCCUCAGGGUAAGCGCGACGUCGGCCGGAGAACACUUGACCAAGGCAAAAUCGCCACUCUUGCCCUUUCCCCUUUGCCCAUGAAGGAGCAACUACAAAAGAGCGUGCUGUUGCAGAAACCCAAGGAGGCAGACAGCCAAAGCGAACCUCCUUGCAAAGAUGACUUGGCAUCAGCAUCAGCAGCAGCAGCAGCAGCAGCAGCAGCGGCUGAUGACGAUUGGGUUUUGGAAGACCUGGUAGAAAAGGAAGAGGAGGAGGGAGAGGGGAAGGAUGAUGACGACGAUGACGACGAUUGGUUCUUUGAAGUUCCGCUGUUGGAGGAAGAGGAUUGGGUUACUGUCACGCUUGAUUCCCGGGAUGGAAAGUGGGCUUGA